AUGUCAACUUCGAGGCAGCACGAACUUUUUGAUAUUCCAGCCGAACUGCUUAAUCAUAAGCAUGAAAACAUUUACACAAUAUCCGUCAAUAAUUUUGUCAAAGUAUACGAAGCUUACAGAUCAUUCCCUUUACCACCAGACGACGUAGUAUUUCCGUGGCUUCAUGGCGUGGACGGAAACAACAAUGCACAGAAUCUAUUUUUUGGGGUGAGGCGGUGUUUACCACCGAACUAUCGGGGACUUAUGCUUGUGCAUUGCAACGAUGAUAUUCAGUAUAUGGAAAGCGAUAAGAAUAAAACGUCAAAGGACAAGAAAAACAGAAGAGGAAUAAGCGCUCGCUUAGUGGAUUCUGUUCUACCAGAGCAGCUCAUACAUCUCGAUUCAGAAGAGUUCAUCAACAAUAAUCCAAAUAGUAACAGUCGUGCAGCCAAACGGGAUAUCUCUUCCCUUAUCAAUUUAAGAAACUUCCAAAAUCAGAUAGCGAGGUUUUCGACCUUGUGUGAUUUGAUCCUUUACGGUCAUAAUGCGAAUAAUUUAGCAGUCAAAAUGGCACAUGCACAACGUAAACUAUUCCAACAAAGAGCAGAUCAAUUAAAUCAUGUAGCCAAAGUUGCGGGCAAAAGGGCCGUACUGCAGGCCAAUCAUAUUGAAUACAAAAUCAUUGUCCUAGAGGACACUAAUUUUUGGAUAUUUGAACAAAGUUAUCCGGAAUACGUCUUGUAUAAUUCAGAUGGUAUUUUGUUACAGAAAAGAGAUCUUUAUGAAUUAGAAAGUAAUGAAAUGAGAGAAAUGAGUAAAGCAAGCGAAAUUACGCCAAAUGUUUGGUUGGGUAAUACUCAAGAUGUUCCCAUUGUAUCAACACAAGAUAUUGUACUGAGUGAUGCUACUAGCAAUAGCAUUCACAUAGAUCACGACUCAGGGAUUGAACAGGACCACAAAAAUACGACUCAUGAUAACAGUGAAGGAGACGAUGAUAUAUUCCAAGAUACCAAUCCUCAUAAAUUUACCAUAUGCAUCGAUGCUCACGAUCUUGCGGACAUGCCUCUUCCAUCCACCCUUAUCUUAGCCAGUGAAACCCUUAAUGACGACAUAAAACCUGAGAUCAUCCACUUUGACACCUACGGGUCCAAUAUCCCCGAAGAAGAAUUUGACACCUUCUACUCUCGCCUUAUUCACCUUCUAGCUUUCAUACACGAACAGGCCGACAAAAAGAAUAGGCGUAUUUUAAUUCAUUGUCCUGACGGCUACACGGAAACCAGCAUACUGGGCUUGACGUGGAUCAUGUACCGUGAGAAUCUAUCUUUACCCGAAGCCUACCUUUAUUUACAAAGGUUACGAUCGUUCUUUGUAUACGCAACGGACUUGAAAACAUUGAGACAAAUUGAAAAAUUGCUGUUUGAAGGUCGAGAAAUGCUCGAACCACAGACAAAGAGAAAAAAAAGUAAUAUGGUGGCCGAAGAUGACGAAGAUACGAGUAACACAGCAGUACUGAAGCAGUUGAAAAUAGGAUAUGCUGACGAACACAAAGGUAGUGAUACCAACAAAGGGAAGAAGUCGUUUGCAAGAGAUGGCGACGCACAAAUGAAGGAGACGGACGAUCAGGAAGCAGUUGAAGAAGCAAGUAUUCAACGUUCAAAAAUGACAUCCCCACCAACUAUUGAUGGAGCUAGUAUUAAGGAAAGCCGCGUAAAGCAAAGUGAUACCUUUUUGAAUCUUGUAUCCAAUAAUAAUAGCAGCAGUGCAAGCAGCAAUACUGCAACGUCAGAAUUGAUGAAUACAUUAUCCUCGGCAAUCGAUGAAAAGAGUCAAGAAUUUAUCACAAAGUCAGCCGUUUAUGCUAAAGUACAGCUUUCACCUACAAAAGAAGAAGAAGAACGCUAUCCUUGGUUCUUUUCUCCGCGCUUCGAGGGUUCUUUUCCUUCUAAGAUAUUACCAUUUUUAUAUCUGGGCAAUUUGAACCAUGCUACGAACCCUUCCAUGUUGAAAGCAUUGAACAUUACGCAUGUUGUCAGUGUAGGAGAAAAUGCGAAUCUUGACACCGAGAAUUUCAGACUUCUGUACUUGGACAAUUUAUAUGAUGACGGCAUUGAUUCCAUUGAAACUAGGCUGGAAGAAGUGAUACAGUUUGUUGAGAAUGCUCGUGUGAAUAAUGGAAUCUGUUUAAUUCAUUGUCGUGUCGGUGUUAGUCGAAGUGCUGCUAUUACCAUCGCUUAUGUGAUGCGAUAUUUAAACUGCCGUCUGGUGCAUGCAUAUUUAUUUGUAAGAGCUCGUCGAUUGAAUGUUAUUAUACAGCCCAACCUCAAGUUUAUGUACGAAAUGCUACGAUUGGAUCAGAAACAGACAGGAAAACUGAGCAUCUCUUGGCCCGUUUUAUGUCAAGAGAUACAUAAUAUCAACUUUGCUUAUCGUGAUGUGAAUGAAAUUGCUUAA